AUGUAUAUUCGUGUGAAGCGCAUGAAAACCACUUACUUUAUCCAAUGCGAUCCAACAGAGACUGUUUUAGAUGUUAAGCAAAAACUGUUUGCUCUCAUUGAGCAACCAGUUAGCAAUCAGCGUCUGGUCUUAAUGUCUACCGAGGAAGUAUUAGAGGAUUCGAAAUCUUUAGCGGAUCAAAAGGUUGAGAAUGAUGCAGUUGUGGCUCUGACUUUGAGGAAAGAUGAUAACGAGUUUGAGGAUGUCAACAUUGCACAGCCCACCGACUUCUCAAUCUCAUGA